CACGGGAGACCCCUCCCUCCCCGCGCUCCCAUCCUCUCUCCCCUCCCACCGGGAGUCUCCGAGCCUGCCAAUCGGCCGCGGCGGCGCAGCUGGGGCUGCCGCCAGCCAAUCGGCGCCCCGCUUGGUGACCGGGGGCGAAAGAUGGAGUCGGCGGGAGAGGCACCGGCAAGCGGAGAGGAGGAGUGGGGGGCAGCUCCCUUCGCGUCUCCGCUGCGUCUCGCGGCGCCGCCGGAGCGGCUGCAGCGCCGGGAAGCGGAGAGGCUGCGGGGCGUGGAGCAGCAGCGGCAGAAGAAGGAGGCGCAGGCGGUGAAGGAGGAGCAGAGCGAGUUCCUGCUGUCCGCCUUCUCCCGGGAGCGGGAGGCGGUGGAGGCGCUGCUGGCGGCGGGGCGGCUGGAGGAGGCGAGCGCCCGGCUGCAGGGGCUGCAGAAGCUGCUGACCGAGAGCGUGCUGUUCCUGGCGCCCUACGAGGUGCGCAAAGGGCAGGAGGAGGUGGCGCGGCUGCAGGGGGGCCUGGCGGCGCGGCGGCAGGAGCUGCAGCCCAAGAAGAAAUUCGCUUUCCGAACCCUCAAGAAAGAAGCGGCCGUGGGCAAGGAGGAGCCGCGCCGCGCCGAGCCCGCCCGUCCCGCAGCCGCCGAGGAGGGGGAGCCGUGCGGGACCCCGCAGUGCGGGUUCAGCGGCGCCGAGGCGGAGGAGCUGGAGCUGGGUCCCUCCGAGCUGCUGCAGCGCGACGUGGAGCUGAGCGAGCUGCGGGGCUGCCGGGUGCGGCUCCGCGGCAACGCCAACGCGCUGCGGGUGCGGGGCUGCCACGGCUGCACGCUGCUCUGCGGGCCCGUCUCCACCUCCGUGCUGGUGGACGACUGCAGCGACUGCCUCCUGGUGCUCGCCUGCCAGCAGCUCCGCACCCACCGCACCCGCGACACGCGCUUCUACGUGCAGGUCACCAGCCGCGCCGUCAUCGAGGGCUGCACCGCCGUCUCCUUCGCUCCCUACUGCUGGAGCUACCCCGGCAUCGAGAGGGAUUUCGAGGCGUCUGGCUUAGACAGGGGCAGGAACAACUGGAACCUGGUGGAUGACUUCGACUGGCUGGCGACCGACCAGCCUUCUCCCAACUGGAGUGUGAUCCCCGAGCAGGAGAGGAUCAGCUCCUGGGACUGACCGCAGAGGCGGCUCAGGGCUGAGCCAGAAACCCUGGCUGGACGCACGCAGACUCAUAAACUGGGACUUCAUCCCCGAUAUGCCAUUAAGUGAUUCCCUUCGGUAUUUAAAUGCCAUUAAAUGAUUCCAUUUGGUAGUUAGAUUGUGCAUUACGAUAUCUGGCUGGAUUCUCUUAAUGGAAAACUAACAGUCAGAUAUAGUUUACUGUUCUCACACAAGUUGCUGCUGUAACUUUUAUGUAUCACUGUGGAAUUUGCCAACUACUGCAGUACCUCGUGGCCAAGUUUUUCAAAUUGAGGUGGGGAGAGGGGCACCAGUCCAGAAAUAACAACAGUGAACCUCUGUUAGAGCUGUUGUGCUGCUUUCACUUACCCUGGCAAAAUCCAUGUUAGCCACACGUAGUAGAAGUUGUAUGGAAUGGAAAGAUCAGAUACCAGAUUUCUCACUUUUGCUCUUCUCAAGUUGCAGACGACGGUCCACUAUAUCUAAUGGCAAGGUGUGGGAGAGGACUGUUGUGAGGUAAUGGGGACAAGAAAAUCUGCGAGUUGUCUUUACUUAGGCUUCUUUUUCUCCAAGUUAUAAGUCAGAAGGAGGAGAGUCUCCUAAAGAACAUUUAAUGAUCUCCUAAUAUAUUAUUGAUGGAUGCAAUUAGUAAACUUAUAGAAACUGUAAGAAUGUUAAGCCUUCACAAACCAAAAACAUGCGAGAGAAUGCCCCUCCUGUAAGCCAUUUUAACUUGAGAUGAACAAAAUGAGUGCUUUGGAUGUGCUUUUGGGAGCAUACAGUACGUGCAGAUUAGUGUUGCAGAAGCCAAGUGUCUGAAACUUAAGGGGAGAGGUGGACAUUCAGCUGUUUCAUCUGUCUAACAGACAUUAGGCUUUAUAGUGCUGUGAUCUUAGUUUACCAUACCCUGCUGCUGCUUAAGUGCAGUGUUGACAGAGGGAGUCAGUAAAAUGGUAAGAUGAAGUGCUGUAAUUCCAUUUCCAAAAUUGCAUGUUAUCUUGCAUAAAGUGCACAGUUACUCAAGUCCCAUUUAUUCACUCCUAAAUAAUAAAAAAAAAGGGGCAGCGAUAUGGAAUACAAUUUUUUUAUAAUGCCCUAUUAGUGGCAAGGUGACCACUGUCUGUACAUAGUAGUUCUAGGUUUCCAAAACCACUCCUUAGCUUGUGAUGCUUUACAAGAAAACAUUGUUUAUCUUGGCUUAAGAAUCUGCCUGCAGUUGUAUUUUAAAGCUGCCCUGUCAUCAUAUACGUGCCUUUAACAGAAAGUGAAUACUAACUGAACCAUCAAAAACUGCAUGAUUGCUAUGAGACGUACUUGAAACAUCACUUGAGUAUUUGACUGUUUUGAGCAGAAACUUUUUAUAUAAUUUGUUUCAUCAUUUUUAAUUUAAAAGGUGAAAAAAUGGGAUUUUUGUAUGUUCUUCAUGACUUUCAAUUUUGUUUACUACCUUUAAUGUAUACGUUUGACUGACUUGGAUUUUGCAUUUCAAAUAUAUUUUCUAAUCAUUUCAGUUAUCCCCUUACUAAUGAUUCUUCUUUGCACUGACAUAAAAUUAUUUAAAGAAAACACCCUUAGUCUUGCUUUAAGGUACAUAAUACAUGUUGUUAAAGGGAUAUGAUCAGAUGAGGCUCUUGAGUAUCUUAAUUUUAACACAUCUAUCUUAGUAUAGACCCUGAUCUUGUAGUUAAUCUUUCUGCCCCACAUAUUCGAGUAUGACAAAACAAUUCCCUUAGCAUCCUCUGGUCCCUGGGACUGCAAACUAUUCAGCCUAUACAAAAUUACAGAAAAGCCUUUGUUCUGCUAGCCAGAAGCUGUAAGCAUUUACUUACUAUGUUGGUGGACAAUGGCAAAUCUAGAAACUGAGAUCCUACUACUAGUCUGUAGCAGUUUGAGCUGUAUGCUUUUCAGCACACUUCAAAGUGGCGUGUAAGAGCAUUCCUGUAUUAGCUGUUGGUCCAUAGCAUGCACUAUUGGCUGAAUAGACACAGCAUGAGUCAAAACAAGGAAAUAUAGGCUUCAGUUUCAGUCAGAAAAUGCUUUCUUAAUGACAUUUUUCAGAGGUCAGUUAUUGACACUCCAGUUUCCAAUGUUUUCCCCUCCCUCAAAGUAAUAUUUUACUUUCAUCAAACCAAAAUUGUUAGGUAACAGGAACGUGACUUAAGAGGAGGCUGCUAAAGACGUUCCAGACAAUUACUUUCUCUUAAAGAUUUAUUACCUUUAUAAUACAAAACAGGUAAUUGAAUCUUGGUCUUGAGCAGGACACAAGACAAAAAUAUUCAACCCGAGUUUGGUCCAGCAAAUACUUAAUAUGUGAUUUACAGUUCUAAACAUGUACCUUCAGACAUAUGUAUAUGCACACACAGAGUUGUAUCUUUCCAUGCACCUUUUAAAUACUAAUUUCCUAAUGUAAAGUCAUAGUAGGAGAAAUUCUAAACUUUUUGCAACAGAAGAAUGUUAUGUUAAUAGUAAUGUGUGAAGAUAAGUUAUGGACUAGAAAAGUUUUGGUAGCGUAUUCAUAGGCUCUAUCAGUACAGAAAGGGCAACUUCUUCAGGUCUGGAAGAGAAACACCUAAGCAUUUCUAUCCCAUUAGUUAUUUUAACAACACUAUUUAUAGUAUUUUUUAUUACAUACAUACAUAUUACAUACAUAUAUUUUAUUACAUACAGAAAAGGAAGUCACAAUUGGCAUAAGCACUAUCAGGCUGCCAUCCGCACAUCCCAGAAGAAAUACUUCCUCCUGGCAACACCAGUGCAGAGCUCGUGUUACUCACCUGUGCUACACCCCCAGUGUUCUGCAAACCCUUGCAGAUGACUUGAUGAUGGAGCAUCUCAUACAUCACAGUGAAGCAAAGCUCCCUUAAAGAGAGUGUCACGAUGUGCACUGAGUUGCCAGUGGCGAGUGGCCGGGCUCCUGAAUUCCCCUUCCGAAGCUUGGGACUAAGAAAUAUUCAGAGGGAAAGCUGGGCAGAGUGCAUGCUGAUUUGAGGGGAUGUGCCAGGCUGUCUUCUGGGUCAAGGAGACCUGCAAUGGCAGCCUGGUCAGAGCUGCUUUGUCUCUCUGCUAAUCGCAGCUUGGAGAAAGGAGGGCGACACAUGCUUGGUUUCUUCCCUCAGAGCAACAAGCAAUGCUGACAUGAAGAAAAUGCCUGGCAGCCUCUUUCAGGCCAGAAGACAGGAUAGCUUUGUGUUUAACCAGCUAGGGAGAGCUUGCAAAUUCCCCUUCCCCAGAGAUCCACAAGGGAAGAAGUACUUUGUUUGCGAGGCUUUGCACAAGCUGAGCGAGGUUUCACGACUUAGCAGGUAACGUCAGGCUCACAGUCAUGUUACAGGGAGGGCAGAAACAGUCCGGAUGGCUGUGAAAGCAAGCUGUUUUCAGGCUACACUUUGCUUAGUAGCAAGAAGGAGGACUAAAAACAUGAUGAAAGGGAGAAAACUAUUCAAAGGAGCCCAUUGAAUGAGCAUGUUCAGGGACAGUAAUUCCCCAACCAGCUAAGAGCAUGACCAGCACUGCUUUGCCUCUGUCAGUGUGACCUGCACAGUGGCCAGUCAUGUAACCUGCACAAAGCCACAAGCCGACAAAGUCUCCUGAAGAACUCUAGCUCUGGUUUGUGUCUCAUUGCCACCGUAAUAACCAAAGAACCUCUUUAGAAAAUACAUACCCUAAAGACAUUAGCUAUGCUCGGUAUCAGAAGGGCCUGAAAAUAAAUGCCUGCCAGGUACAGGGUUGUGAAGACAUCGUGAGCAUAACAGACACAUCAGAACCAUAAACUAGGUACAAAUUGGCUCUGGACAGAAGGCUAACUGGCUGAAUGUUUAUAAAAACUGUGCAGGACAUUGAGGUGUGGAACCAUUUUUCACAGGGGUCAGGAGAGCAAACUCUUUGUUUAAACAUUUUUGAAAGACAGUCUGGUUGAACAGCCCUCCUCCUGCUUGACAGUUUUACCAAAAUCUUUAAAGCCAGUGAGACAUCCUUAGUUCACCACAGUGCUGUCACUCAACAUUUUAAAGCUCGUAUGUGUCUGUGAAUGAAAUAAAAUAGUUCUAUGCAAAGAUACAGUGCAUUGAAGACAUAGAAGAAAACUGAGACAAUUCUUCAGCACCACACAGAGCUUUGCAUGCCAGCAUUUAUUGAGGCUGUGAGAGGGAGCCCAGACCAAAACUCAACUCCAGGGAAGUCGCUGAGACCUUUGCUGAUGCUUCCAGUGAGGCCACCAUCUCACCUGGAGUCUGUGCCAAGAGGGCCGAACCUCCUCGGUCCCUGCUGCAGACCAGGCAUCUCCCUCUGUCUGCACCUGCUUCUCUGAAUACCAGGAACAAAAAU